UCCUCAGGCUGGUACUGGCUGUGCACGGGGAAGAUGAAGACCUCAAUAGCUGCCCUCUCCUGCCUCAUCCUUGCUGCCCAGGCUGCAGCUGAACACCUGAUGCUGAACCUGAAGAACGAACCCUUCAUGUCUCACGGAGUAGGCUUUCACCGUCCCACUGACUGCUGCACCUCUUACACCCAAGUAAAAAUCCGAUGUGUAUUCAUGAAAGAUUAUGUAGAAACGACCAGUGCAUGUUCCCGGCCUGCUGUCAUCUUCAUCACCAAAAGGGAGAAGCAUGUCUGUGCUAACCCCAAAGAUGAGAAUGUUCAGAAAUGCAUGUUGGACCUGAAGCUAAGAUCAGUGACCAAGGACCUGAGAACACUAUCUCUUGAGAAGAGAUACUUGAAGUAGGCCCCCUCACCUCCAUCUCUCUAGCCCAGACUACCUCCUAGGUGGGCCCUGGCCUGAAUUAUU